GACAGGAGCGUCGGUGACGGCAGGUCCGGCAAUGUCGGCUCGCUCUCUACGGAUCUCUCCAACCUCGUGGCCUGGGCGCACACCCACGGGGCCAUCUGCAGCCAAAUCCCAGCCCUGGAGAUCCUGCAGGACGUGGGGCGCCCCGGCUGCGAAAGUUCCGUUCUGUGGAUGUGUGGGCUUGGACACGCCUACUACUGGCCGUGUGGGAAGCUGGACCUCAGAAGAGAAGAGAAUGAAGCUGUAGAAAGGAGAAAGACGUUGACAUUUUCGGAGGCUUCAUCAAGGGAAGCCAAUUCAGGUGUAAAGAGGUUCCGGAUGGCCCCGUCUUCUGAGGGGCCUAAAGCAGGUGUUGUCAGCACAGGGGCCCAUAGCAGAUCCCCAGGGGUCACCCAGCAGAAAGGUGACACCAUCUCUGUGUUGUAUGAUGAACCACCACGCAGAGAAAAUCGUAAGAAAAGCUCCACGAAGCCCUGCGUCGCUGCAGAGCAGCGUUGGUCAGCGUCUGGUGGUGAAGUCCAAAUUUACAGACACAAGGUGAAGACAGAAAGCAAAGACCUACAAGUCAUCCCUGGUGGAAGGCCCCGCGCAUCGGUUGGAGACGACCAAGGAGACAGAAUCAACCAGAAUAUUCUGUCCGAGUCUCCAGUUAAAGGUGUAGCUGCUGCGGUGGACGUGCCUCGCAGGCAGCAGGCGGCGUCUAACAAGACACCAACCACCCAAACAGCGGGCGCUGCAGCGAAGGCCCAGCCCGAGUCGCCCGCCUGCAUGACGUUCUUUGAGUUUGAUGCCAGGUUCGAUGUCCAGGAGCAGCUCUCGCUGAGCCCUGCUGAGCCCGGCACAUCAGGAAUGGGCUUCGGUGUGCCGGUGGAGAAGCAGGACAACAAGAAAUACCGUAACAGUCGCGAUAUAAAAGUUUUCAAAGACUGGCUGGUUUCACACUGCCCCUCUGAAACGCUCGAGAUCCACCGGCUGCCCCCCGAGCAGCUCGAUAAUUACCUGGCCUUGUUCUACAGCUCUGCAAAGAGACAGGACGGCAGAGAUUUCUCCGCCAACUCCUUGAGCUUCUUUCAGAGCUACAUAGACAGAUACCUCAAGGAUCACAACUACGAGUACAGCGUGGCCAAAGGGUCCGAAUUCAGAAUGUCUCAGGAAGUCCUGAAGCUGAAGGUGCAGGAGGCCGCUCAGAAAGAGAUGGAGGGCAAGUGGAGCGCGCUGGAGAACCUGACGGAUGACGGCGUGGAACGCCUUCGCGAGAAGCGGCUUUUAAGUAAGAACCACCCUCAAGGCUUGUUGCACCUCAUGUUCACCAAUCUGGUGAGGGGCUUUGGGGCGCGCACACACCGCCAGCACCACGGCCUGCUCUGGGGCGCGGAGCAGGGGGCUCCACGGCUCCUGGCCAAGCCCGGCAACCCCGAGAGCUGCCCCAUCGUGGAGUACAAGGAGUACGCCAGGAGGCGGCCACCGGACAUGCUGCACCACGACGACCCCCUCUACCUCGCCCCCAAGCCGCUCUGCUCCGUCUGGGACGAGGUGUGGUACUGCCGAAAGGCGCUGGCCGGCACCAAAAUGGAAAAUAUCCUGAAAGUUAUUAUCCAGCAAGGCAAGGUAUCUGGAAAUAGGUCCAAGAAAUAG